UAUAAUGUUCAUGCGUCAUCGUGGUGAGUGGAUUUGUGCUAUUAUUACAUGCGGUAACGUCAACACCGGUAAAAGCGAUUCAUGCAGCCGCUGUGGUAUAGCUCGUUUUGACGAGUCUCGCAAGGACUCUAACGGCGGUCGUAAGCGCAACUUCCAUGAUUGGCACUGUGAUCACUGUGGUAAUGCUAACUGGGCUCGUCGUAAACAAUGUAACAUUUGUCAGCAUGCUAGGCCUAGCGAAUCCCUAGUGUGUAGCUCCCGUGUUUCUGGCGGGGUAUAAUAA